CAAGCAGUGAAUAUUCUAACCCCCUCUUCCUGAGUGAACGGAUUAGAUUUUUAUCAGCUUAGGGUACCUUCGUUUCAGACACAACAGCACUCACAACAUCUGUUCAAGAUGGCAUCUGACCCUCACUGGCGAUUCCCAGAUGCGCAGCGAUAUAUUACCUACCAUAAUAGAUCCGGUGUUGCCACAACGUCGAGACAGACUGGACAAUUGAACACGCCAUUUGGAGAUGGCUCUAUUGGAACCCCAUUAUGGUCCGCAAGCGAAAGCCCCUGCGGAUAUUAGCAGAGAGGUUACCAAUCAACAACCUGGCAUUGCAGCUGCAUCUAGCGGGUCUUUCUUUACUGUCUAUGAUAUUCCACCGCGAUAUGAUGGCCCAUUCCACCGCACAACAACACUCGACUACGUUAUGGUAUUCCGAGGCGUGGUCAUCCUUACUAUGGAAGAUGGUUCACAGGCGACCCUUGCGGAGGGUGAUACGGUUGUCCAACAGGGAACAAUGCAUAAAUGGACCAAUGGGGGGGAUGGCUGGGCGCGAAUGGUUACGGUGAUGGUAUCAGCUCAUCCUCCUAUUGUCAACGGACAUCAGCUGCAGCCGCAUUGGCCGUACUGAUACGUUGGCUGCUGGGCCGAAUGGGGUUUACGCUACUGUUAGGCCACCUCAUACACUACUACCGGGCUCUGUUCAUUUCCUAACAAUCUAAUAUCUAUGGUCUCGGGUGCAACGUGC